AUGGUACAACAUGCGAUAUCGAUUGAUAUCAAAGUAGAAUCUACCGAUAUUCAUGGUAGAUAUCGCGGCUGUGAUGUCCCUGGUAUCUGCAAAGCGUUCGGUUAUCGAGAUGAUACUAGUGUAGCCAAUAUAGAUACAGCAUCUAAAUUAAAAUAUUUAAAUUUAUUACUAAGUUAUAAAAGAAGGUAUGUAGUGCUAAGUUCAGAGCUAUCAGAAUUGGAUCCACUUGAACCUGUUACUUCUAAGAACGUAAUUACUAUGCGUCAAGCUAGUUUAGACUCAGAAUUUGAAUCGUGUCCAUGUACAGUUGCAAUAAGAAGACUUGAUAAUGUACAAUUAUCUGAAAGCAAUUGUGUCUUGAAUCAAUACCAAUAUAUCUGUGAAAAGCGUCUGUGCCCGGAAAAUGGUUGGAUCUAUCGACAUCACCGUUGCUAUAAAGUUAUUCAAGAGACUGCCAAUUAUGAACUAGCAAUGAAGCGAUGCCGUGAACUCUAUGGUCGUUUAGCACUUGCUUUAACAAGCGAAAUUCACGAUACAUUAAUUGAAUUAACAGAUAGGAAUCAAACCUACUGGCUGGGGUUAACUGGGAAGAGAACACCGGCUUGUAAACAAGAUUUCAAUUGGCAAUUUAAAUAUCCAAUUCCUGUCAAAAAUACAUCAUUCCAUGCCUGGGACCAAAUCGAUAUUCAAAGUCCAUCUUAUUCUUGUGGUGCUUUAUUCAACGAAACUUGGAUAGCUGUCAGUUGUGUUGAAAAUCUAUCAGCUUUCAUUUGUGAGCAAGGCAAUCAGGAACAAAUUAUAGAAAUGGCACCCUACAGUCAGAUAACCACAAGUAGUUGCAUUAUCCCUGAUAGCCAACAAGCAGACCCUCAACCUUCAAGUUAUGAUGUGCCAUACGCUACUCCAUUAAUUGACAUUUCUGGCAUGAAUAUACUAAUCAAUUCAAAUCCAAGCCUAACAGUCAGUUCCAGGUUGCUAUUAAAAAGUUCUUAUACUCUCUCAGCUAUUGAGUCAUCCUUGCAUGUGCAAUCAAGUCUGAAUUAUCCUGGCGAUAGCUCAAUCAUAAUUAUGACAACCAUUAUUGACAGUGUAACUGCAGAAAAAACUAUCCUACAUCCGUCGUCCCUUUCCUCUCUAGAUGAAGAAUCCAAUUCGACCAAUCUUCAAGCUACUUCAAGUUAUCAUGCCGUAAAUCUUCAUAAAAUUAAUAGUAUAAGCACGGAUGUCAAUGCAUCCGAAGAAAAUGUUGUUCAAACGGCUUCUAAUUAUUCAACGAACUCAGUGAAUCAUCAGAUGAUAGACAGUACCUCUAAUGAGCUAUUUGUAAGUAUAACUAGCUCAACCUCGGAAGCACAACAUGAUUUCAUAGUAAUUUCGUCCAUUCACGAACAGUUAGAUCAGCCAACAACUUCCUAUGCGCCAACUAUGAUGAUCAAAGUACCCAGUAACCAUGUAACAGCACCCACAUUUACCAUCGAUCAAAUAGGAGACUUGACACCUAGUUCUGUAAGUCCUACAAGAACUGAAAACUUUGAUCUUGAACUAGCUUCUACUUCUAGCUCAACAACCAGUUUCCUUUCAUGUGAUGAGAAUUUGGUCACAAUAGGUAAUAUCAUUCGUGUAUAUCUCAAUUUUUGGUUGUGCUAUCCUAGGUAUAAACGUAAAUAUGAAUUACGAACAGAAUUUUUUUCCCUUUAUUUCCUGAUAGAUACCUUGGGUAGUUAUGAUACUACUUCUGUUUCAUAUACUGCCACUGCUUCAUCAAUGCAUCAAAGUAAAAAGAGUUCGAGUAUCCAACGAAGAAUUGAGAUUCUAUCGACAGCAGUUCAAUCUAAUGUAGCAGAAUCUCUAGCCUUUUCCACUACAGAUUGUAUCGAAAAUCCCACCAGUAGCUCUUGUUUAUUAUAUAUUGCACUUAUUCAAGUCAAAUCUUCUUCCAAUUUCAUAUCGAGUAUCAGCUCUAGUUUAACCCCUUCUGUACCAGUUCAAGUCGAAUCUUCUUCUAAUUUCAUAUCGAGUACCAGUCCUACCUUAACCUCUUCUGUAUCAAUUCAAGGCAAAUCUUCCAUUUUAGCAUUAAGUAACUCUAUAAUUGGCAUGCAAAAUUCAAGUCAGUCUAGCUUGCCAUUUGUUGCACCAGAUCAAUCUAUGUCUUCUUCUAUUUCAGCAUUGAGUAUUAGCUCUGUUAUUAGCUUGCAAAGUUCAGCGGAGCAAACUGCAAAAUGGCCAGUUCAAUCGCAUUUAACAAGAAUGGAUGAUAGUUCAUUCUACAACCCAUUACAUCUUAUUAGAAGUACUAGUGGUAUUUCUAGUUCAUUAUUGGUGUAUAAUGGUGUAAAAGAUUCAUACAUUACUCUAACAUUCGAAAAAGCAGCCGAGAUACUAUUAACGACAAGUACGGCGACAGAAAAUAAAUCCAUUUUUAGUACUGCUGGCCUUGCAAUUGAAGCAAAUGAUUCGCAUACUCAUUUUCAAUCCAUCAUUGAUUCUACACCUACGCCCACAUCCAAUAAGAUUAAAUCAAUUUUAACCGACAUGGUUAAGAAGCAUUUUAUUGGAAAUCAAACUCUAGCUGGUAUGAACUCCUGUUGCGAUAAUGAUGGUUCUUCCGAUACUCCACAAUCAAAUCUAUCUAAUAGCCCUGAUCAUAUUAAGAGUGCUAACGGCAAGCUCCUAAAUGCUGUUGAUGUUUUCGAUCAUCAGCUGCUUCAUUUGAUGAUGAAAUAUCAAAUCAACGACUUUUCUUAUGCUGAUUCCUUUCAAGCGAUUAAAGGUACAACUUUGAUGAGUUCGGAAAUGAGCUCUAAUGCCUCCUGGUUGAACAUUGGAAUCACUGAAUCGCCGUCUCAAAAUGAUAAUGUCAAGAUUAUGAUACCAACUAUGCUGCUACAACAUCAAGCUAAAGUAAGCAUUCUAUGUCACCUGUACCGACUGAAAGGUUUUAGUGCUCCAGUUAUUUCAUGUGUAACCCACCCAAAGUUACGACAACCUUUUAAAGAGAAUAUCGACAUUAUUACAGAUAUUAAGUCAGAUACCUCGGUUUAUUUGCCAAUAUGUCAAUACUGGAAUACGAGCAAAUGGCUAACCGAUGGAGUAGUCAUGGCUAAUCGCAAUGAAUCCUGUAUUACUUGUAGUACCAAUCAUUUGACUAGCUUUACAAUUUUAAUGUCUUUACGAGAAAUAUCGAUUACACCAAUCCACGAAAGAAUUUUAAGUAUAAUAUCAAAAUUUGGUUUGGCCGUUUCUAUCGUGGCUUUAAGCAUCAAUGUCGCCGUCUUUACUUUGAUUAGGCAACUACGGUGUUUCCGAAAUUUCAUCCACGCCUGUUUAUCAUUAGCUCUACUCCUAGCUGAUCUAAUAUUCGUGGCUGGCGUCGAUUCGACUGAUAAAGAGCCAUUAUGCACUAUUAUCGCCAUGGCCCUUCAUUACUUUUACUUGGCCAGCUUUAUGUGGAUGUUAAUCGAAGCUAUAUGGUUAUAUCGAAAUACGACCAGGAUAGAAAAAUUGACAUCCAUGUAUGGUAUUUAUUCAUUAAUAGGAUGGGGAAUACCGCUUCUUAUUGUGGCUAUCCCUGCGGCAGCUUAUUUUGAAACUUAUCGUAACCCCAAUUAUUGUUGGAUAUCCCAUAAAAAUGGACUAAAUAUUGCUUUUAUUGGCCCUAUUGUAAUCAUUAUUGCGAUCAACGGGAUUAUCUUAGGGUUAGCAGUUCGGUCCUUGUUAACGUUGAAGUUGGUAUCAGAUAGAUCGAAUCUUGUAAAAGUUAGAAAGUCUAUCCGCGCAAGUAUUGUUUUAUUACCAUUAUUUGGCCUGACUUGGCUAUUUGGACUUCUCUUUCUUAAUAGCACUACUUUGGCCUUUGGAUAUUUGUUCGUCGUAAUUAACUCUCUACAGGGCUUUCUCAUAUUCAUUUUUCACUGUGCCACAAAUCAUCAGGUGAAAGACUAUUUUAUUAAGAGACUCCAAAUUAAACGAAAUCGUGAUGGCCACUCGCAAAUCAUGCCAACUGUCAUACGUUCCAUACCUCCAAAGGAGGUGAAAAAAAAUAGAAUUGCACCAGAAUUAUCCGAUUUUAGCAAGUGCUCUGGUUAG